AUGAAACAGCCAUAAGUAUUAGCACAUUUCGAAAAAAGUUCUGAUGAAAUAACAAAAUAUUUUACAAUUAAGUAUAGCAAUAAUUACCAUCUGAUCAGGGAAUUAUAAAAUUAGAGAAAAAUAUUAGAAACUCCGUUAUAGUAGGCCAAACGAACUUUGAGAUCUCUAGAAUAGGAUGGUGAAAGAAUUUAAAGAAGUGGAACAAGAUAAACAGAUCGAAUGAAAGGAACUUUCUCAUCCACAUUUACCAGACCAAAUUCUUAGGUUGAUACAUUCAUGCAAACUAAUCACUCCUUUGAUAUUAAUGCAGGGCAAAUUCAACUCUAGAAUAUGAAAGCCAUUUUUGAAAGUCUACAAAAUAAAACUGAAACACCAAAUUUUUAAUUAUAUUGGGAAGCAGUGUUUGAGUUCAGACAAGAAUAAUAUCUUUAUUACUUUGUUCGUCCAGCAACUUAGAAAAUCCUUUGGGAGUAUAUUUUCUUAAGUGAUAUUUCAUUUUCGUUUGUUUAGUGUUAAUUGAAAGACAACAUUCUUCACAAUUAACAGAUAUAUUACUAAGAAAUGACAGUUUUAACAAAAUUAUUCGUAGAGAAUUUUGCUCUAUUUUUGAAUCAAAUGAUUAAACAUUUAAAACAAAGGAAUCAAUUAGUUGAGUAAUUAUAAUAAAAGAUUGAUGUAAUUUUAGAAAGAAACAAUCCUUGCAUCAGUUUUCCUUAGGAAAUAAAACGAAAUAAUUGUUUCAUUAAGUCAAUAAUUGAAAAAUUAUUACAAAAUGAUAAUUAGGGUAUACAAGCAAUAAUAAUAACUUGCAGAUAUUAAUUAUAGCAUUUAAAUAUUUUAGAUGUUACAAUAAGUAGACCACAAUUAAGAAAUGCUAUUUAUUUGUCAACAUAACAAAUAAAAAAACAAGAAUAUUAAUCUCCUUUGAAAACAUUGUUCAACGCGCAUAUGGUUCCCAAAAGACAAUCGCAAGUGAGUGUAGAUCUUAUGAAUAGUCCUUUCAUUUAAUCACCAUUUUUAAAAUAAUUGUGCAUAAUACUGGAUUUGGAUGAAACAAUGGGACAUUUUAGUGAAUAAUUGAACAAAUUCAUCUCCCGACCAUGGUUAUUCCAAUUUCUCGAAAGCAUUAAACCAUUUUGUGAAAUAAUAAUAUUUACAGCAGGCCAACAAAAUUAUGCAGAUAAUGCCAUUUCUCAAAUUCAAUGUGAUCACCUUAUUGAUCAUAAAUUAUAUAGACAUCAAACAGUUUAUAAUGGUAUUCAUUUUAUUAAAGAUUUAAGUAAGAUAGGAAGACCUUUAGAGAAAACAAUAAUCAUUGACAAUACUCCUAUCAAUUUUUAAUUGUAAUAAGAGAAUGGAUUGGUGAUUUCAUCUUGGGUUGGAAAAUCAGACGACAAAGAAUUAUUAAACAUGAAGGAUUUGAUAACUAAAAUAGCUUAAUCUAAGGUUACUGAUGUUAGAAAGGCACUCAAGAAGUAUAGAGAUUAUAUGAGUAGAAACAAUAGGUGA